AUGGACCACCCCAGCACCUCGAGUCUUCCGCGCAAGAAGGUCAAAGCAGGGGCGAAGAAAGCAGGAAAAAAGACGGGGAAGAAGACUACUGGCAAGAAAAAGACAACUCCCUCUGCUAUUGGUAAUAGAAAAGGAAAAGGGGCCGCAUGCCUACUCGUGCUUUUAGCAGUUUUAUCCUAUCUCGUGGCUUUGAUUUUGGGUCUGUAUGUCAUGACCGGCUGCAUGUCGACCACAGCACAGUCUAGUAACAUUUACCUUGCUGAACUCUCGACAAACACGACGUAUGAUAUGUCACUCCGAGUUGGUUACUUCGGAGGCUGCGUUUCGGUCACUGAACUAACCGAAGCAUCCUACACUGGUAGAAAUUCCUCCACACAAACAUCCACGCAUUGCGUCUCGAAUCUGCGCCGCAAAAAUUUAGACGACCUCAGUGAGGAUCUGUGGGAACCUCUAAAGCUCAACUCUUCUACCAUUCAAUCCAGCCUUCAAACAUUUUUGAACACUACCCUUCCACAAGCCAAGCAUCUCCAGGAAAAUGUCUUCUUCUGUGAACCUCCCCUAGUCCAUCUCCUCCUAUUUUUCGUUACAGGCAUUAUGCUCUUCGUUGCUAUUACAGGAACAUCUAGAAAGAGAUCGUACAGAGCAAUGCUAGUGACAGCGAUUGCUUUGAGUGCCUUCUCCCUUGCGCUCGCACUAGUGACCGUCCUCGGCUCUCUGCAGAGUAUGAAUGCGUUGCUAAACACCUCUGCGUCUGGAGCACAAAGGGCUCUGGGUGACUCAUUAUAUAUCUCGCGUGGUAAAGCCAUGCAGGGGGUCCAAGGAGCUCUUGUUGCAAUCGUCGCUGUAUUCUAUCUCGCGAUGGGGGUGCUCUUUGUGCGGCGGACACCCGAGGGAGGGGCUGGAUACAUAAUCCAAGCCUUUCAGAAUGUAAGAGGACCUUUGAAGCGGAUGGGAAGAAGAUAG